UGUUGGGGGCGGUUGCUGUGAAAUGGGGGUCCUGUAACUGAUGUGUGUGAAUGUAGGCUAAUCCUGCGUGUGUGCUUGAACGUAUAUAUUAUAAUAGUUCGAAGUAUUAGAAUAGUCCGGCCUAUAUUACAAACAAUAUAAGUAUUUUAACCUAGUAGGCUACCAUGGACAGUAUGUGCGAUUUUAUGUUUUAUAAAUAGCAUAUGCAUGAACUGCGGUCUCAUUGAAGGACACGAACGAGGGGCAUUAGUAAAUCAAUCGGACCUCAGAUCAUCAUGUCUACGUCGGCUACGAACAAUGGUAGACUCCAUACGGACGAGAAAUGCAAACAGCGAAAAUACCAAUCUUUUCUCUUCUAUCAGGCCGUGCGAGAUCUAAAGCCUGUUUGGAUGUUGGAGGACAUGCGGACAAUGGAGACUUUUUACUGGGAGGAAGACGCCAGCCAGAGGUCCUACACUCCCUCGGAGGCAUUGCUGUACGCUAUCGUACAUGACCACCAAGCCUACGCUCAAUACUUGCUCAGUCAUUACACCGAUGAAGCACUGGCCAUGCCCGGCGAGCGCUUUUGCUGCUGUCCAUCAUCGGCCCCGCAUUUGGCGAUGGCUGUCAGAUAUGACAGACGGGACAUACUAGGUCUCAUAUUGCAAGAAGCGCAUCGACUACCUAGUCUGCGGUCAUAUAUGAACCGAGGCGGAUGUUUUCACAUGGAGGACGGUAAAACUCCACUGCAUCUGGCCUGUGAGCUCCUGCGCUCAGAGUCCGUUAUUCUGUUGUUGGGCAACGGCGCCUCGCCACAGGCAGAAGAUCAGAACGGUAUGACGCCAUUGGAUGUCAUUUUGGAACAGCUGUGGGACUCCAAAGUGAACAUUGGGCCCAAAAAGCUGUGUCUUGACAACUUGUUAAUGUUUAUGCCAGAGAUUCGUUUCAAAAUGAAGAGUGCGCUCGAAGGAGACCCAGUUUGUUGGUCCAAAGUCCUAGGUGAGGACAAAUUCAAAUACCUCGUUGGACAGAAGCCAGCUCCACUGUUUCUCAUGGCUAUGCAAACAAUUCUGAGGCAGCUUCCACCAGAGCAGUUCCCUGACAGCCUAGAUGAGCUUCCCUUACCCUCCUCAUUGAAACCACUACCCUGCAAACAGCUUGGACAGCUGAAAGGGUUUUAAACGUGUUUUGACAAGUUUUAAAAAACUGUCUACAUUAUGUAUUUAUAUGAAUGUUUUAGCAUGAUAAAGAUAUCUGUGUGAUGAGCAUGUAGGCCCUAUGUAUUGUUGUGUCAAUACAAACCCCUUGUAUGAAAUUAAGAGGCUAUAAGAAUGGGUGCUAAUUAUGAUAAUAUCUGUGAUUCAAGUUUCAUAUGAAAUGAAGAGGUAAUUGUGUAAAUUAUUUUUAUUUGAUUUUUAAACCUUUUUAUAUAAGUUGUAUGCAAAUGUCUCAGAGUGGAGACUACAGUAUAACAAUAUAUUUUCAUUGCUGUGCUGAAUUUUACGCUUUUAUAGCCUACAGAACAAAGACCAUGUGUGAUUGGUUAUCUGUAUAGAAUGAUUACCUCAAAUAUGUUUAAUAACUUAAUAGGAAUUAUGAUCUAGGAACUUUUAAACAUAUUUAAAAUGCCACUAUCAAUUCCAUUAUGCUUCUCCAGUGAGCACUUUCCUCAUUAUCAACAUAAUACUCAAGAGAAAAGAGAACUUGAGAAACAAAUCAAUCGAAACUCGCUUCAUUGUUGUUUCUUCUCUUCAGUCUUUUAUCAUUCGAAUAGAAGUGACAAGCUUAUUGAUUGGUAUCUUUCCUAUUGCCUUAACUGAUUGUUAGAUCAUUUGUAGUCAGCAGCAGCUCCGCUCUCUGCCGGCAUACUGUGGCCUAGAUGUGUCAUAGUGCUGUCAGUGUUUUGUUUUAAAGCUCUACCAUGCCACCGAACACAUUCAAAUUCCCCUUAUAAGCUUAAUAAGGACUGUUUAAAUGCCCUGUAUAAGCUUUAUAAGGACUGUUUAAAUGCCCUGUAUAAGCUUUAUAAGGACUGUUUAAAUGCCCUGUAUAAGCUUCAUAAGGACUGUUUAAAUGCCCUGUAUAAGCUUUAUAAGGACUGUUUAAAUGCCCUGUAUAAGCUUCAUAAGGACUGUUUAAAUGCCCUGUAUAAGCUUUAUAAGGACUGUUUAAAUGCCCUGUAUAAGCUUCAUAAGGACUGUUUAAAUGACCUGUAUAAGCUUUAUAAGGACUGUUUAAAUGCCCUGUAUAAGCUUCAUAAGGACUGUUUAAAUGCCCUGUAUAAGCUUCAUAAGGACUGUUUAAUUAAACAUAUAUUAUUACAAGUCA